UACAAAGGUUCGCUGAAUAAACUGAAGGAGGCAGAGUGACGGAAGGAAACGCGGAGAACAGUGGGAGUUUGAAUAAAGGGACCUGGAAGCACCAGAAUGGCUACGAAAUUUCAUGACCUCACGGCCAAACUGUUAACUGGAGAAACGUUUAAUUUCUCUUCCCUGCAGGGCAAAGUUGUCCUCAUUGAGAAUGUUGCGUCUCUCUGAGGCACGACCACCAGGGAUUACACCCAGAUGAACGAGCUCCACGAGCGCUACGGCAGCAAAGGCCUCGUUAUCCUGGGUGUGCCCUGCAACCAGUUCGGCCAUCAGGAGAACUGCAAGAAUGAAGAAAUUCUCAUGUCUCUGAAGUAUGUCCGUCCUGGAAAUGGCUUUGAGCCAAAGUUUCAGCUCCUGGAGAAGGUGGACGUGAACGGGAAGGAUGCCCAUCCCCUGUUUGUGUUCCUCAGGGAGAAGCUCCCAUUCCCCAGCGACGAGCCAGCUGCCCUCAUGAAUGACCCCAAGUUAAUCAUCUGGAGCCCGGUCUGCAGGAACGACGUGGCGUGGAACUUUGAGAAGUUCCUCAUCGGGCCCGACGGAGUGCCCUUCAAGCGUUACAGCAGGAGGUUCCUCACCAGCGACAUCGAGACAGACAUCAAGAAGCUCCUCAACCUGGCUAAAUAAUGAGCAGCCUCUGUGCACAGCUUCUGUAGCUUGUGUGUGUGUGUGUGUGUCACACUGCUCCAGGCCACCUGUGCUCACUCGCACACAAUUGGCUGUGUUCUGUUCUUUUACUAAAUGAAGGCAUCCUCUGAAACCAAACUAGUCGUGAGGAGGGUAUCUGAUGACAUGUAAAAGUGCUGAAUGUUUUCAGCUGCAUUGGGUUCAAGUUGAGCACAGCUGUGGUUUGAUGUACUGUAAGAAGACCAAUAAAUGUAUUUUUUUUCCAAACA